UUCUCCCCUUUCGUUCAUUUGGAAUUUCCUCAAUUUCUCUUUUUCUGUCAAAAAUAACAAUGGCAUCUUCUAACGAGUCCGUCUACCGGGCUACCACCACCGCUCCGGUCAACAUUGCCGUCAUCAAAUACUGGGGCAAGCGUGAUACUAUUCUUAACCUUCCUACCAACUCCUCUCUCUCGGUCACCCUCUCUCAGCGAUCUCUCCGUACCCUGACCACCGCAUCCUGCUCUGGUAACUUCCCCGCUGAGGACACCCUGAACUUGAACGGCAAGCCGCAGGACAUCCAGUCCUCCAAGCGCACCCUCGCUUGUAUCUCCAGUCUUCGUGCCCAUCGCAAAGCUCUCGAGGAUGCGGACUCCUCUCUCCCCGCUCUCUCCAAAUUCCCCCUCCGGAUUGUCUCCGAGAACAACUUCCCCACUGCCGCCGGACUGGCCAGCUCCGCUGCUGGAUUCGCAGCUCUAGUCCGCGCCGUUGCCGACCUUUAUCAACUGCCUCAAUCCCCUAAGGAACUCAGCCGCAUUGCUCGCCAGGGCUCAGGCUCUGCCUGUCGCUCCCUGAUGGGCGGCUACGUCGCAUGGCGGACCGGCGAGCUUGCUGACGGCAGUGACAGCCUGGCUGAGGAAGUCGCCCCCGCAUCUCACUGGCCUGAGAUGCGUGCCCUGGUCCUCGUUGUCAGUGCCGAGAAGAAGGAUGUCCCUAGCACAGAGGGCAUGCAGACUACCGUCGGGACUUCCGCUCUCUUCGCCGAGCGAGCACAAAAUGUUGUUCCCCAACGUAUGGCCGCCAUUGAGACUGCGAUCCGUGACCGCAACUUCCCUGACUUUGCCGAGAUCACUAUGCGUGACUCCAACACCUUCCACGCCACUUGCCUCGACUCGUGGCCCCCUAUUUUCUACAUGAACGACGUCUCCCGUGCCGCCGUCCGCCUUGUGCACGAUAUUAACCGUGUUGUUGGCCGCACAGUUGCUGCCUACACCUUCGAUGCCGGCCCCAAUGCCGUCAUCUACUAUGAGGAUAAGGACUCCGAGCUCGUUGCCGGAACCGUGAAGGCCAUUCUCGGCCCCAACACUGAGGGCUGGGACGGUGCUUUCUACGAUAGAAUUGCGAACGUUACUGCUUCCGGAGUUUCCCUGGACCAGGUUGACUCCCGCGCCGUCGAAGUUCUGAAGGACGGUGUGAGCCGUGUCAUUUUGACCGCUGUUGGAGAGGGUCCCGUCAAGGUUGAUACCCACCUUGUCAGUGAGACUGGUGAAAUCAUCAGCUCCUAGACAAUGCGGCCGUGACUAGUGGGCCAUCUUGGCCAUUCUUUUGGAAGGUUUGAUUACCUGAAAGAUACCCUACCGUUCCUCUACUACUUUGCAUGGGAAAAAUUCAACUCUGCCAUACGAACUUGAUGCAGAUAUUAACUUCACUGUAUCUUUUCAUGAUUUGGGAUUAUCUAGAACAUAAUAAUAAACUACGAGCGUCAAUUUGGCCAUAUCAUAU